UCAAAUGUAGUCGUCAUGAGUUUCGAAAAAGCUAGCUGCUAUUAUAAGAAGAAAACAAGAAACACCACCGAAUGUUUUGUUGACAAACACGUGUCAUUAAUGGCUGACAUUCCAUUGUCGUGGUUGUCUAUAAAAGCAAAACAUGGCACCUUGCGUAGUUACUUCAAAAAGAAACACUAAGCUGGCUGGUACAGCUCGAAAUAAUUUAUUAUAAUUUAUGAAUAAAAAACUGAAAAAACUUGUGCAUCGUGUAAUGGAAUGUUUUAUUUGUUUAUUUAUUUUGUUCGAUGGAAUUUCAUUCAUUGAAGCAAAAGCCCUUCAAGACUCGACCAACCUUCUUCCGAUAUGCACCUUUGAAAAUGGGCUGUGCCCAGGAUACACACAUGAUAACAACAAGAACUUUCAAUGGAAAAUCAACAGUGGUACUACUCAAUCCUUGAUGACAGGACCAACAAAAGAUCACACAUUGGAAACGAAACAAGGCAAAUAUGUUUAUAUGGAAAGUUCAUUUCGUUUGAAUAAAGAAAUCGCUAGAUUCCAGACUCCUUACCUUAGUAACAACCUCCACGACUUGACAGUAUGCGUCACAUUCUUUUAUCAUAUGCGUGGUCACACGAUGGGUGACUUAGCCGUGUUCACACGUGAAAGUGGUAAGGAGAAACUAAAGUUUCAAAUAACCACAAAACAAAAUAAAGACGAAUGGUUUGAGGGACGCUUUCCAUUUCAACCAGGAUCAAAACCAUUUCAGAUCGUUUUCCAAGGUACAACAUCGUACAGCUUCUUCGGUGACAUCGCGUUGGAUGACAUCAAAAUAUCUCGACAGUCAGUUUGUUCGUUCUGGCCACCCGAAGCUGUUCCAAAAAGCGUCACUCCCACAGUGACACCUCCACGUUAUGGACCAGAAAAUCAAUUGACUUGUGGUAGACGCAAAACAAACGCCUCACUGAACCAGACAAAGAUAGCGAAAGGGAGUCAACGGAUAGUCGGUGGAAAUCCUACAAAAGCUGGCGCAUGGCCGUGGAUGGCUAUGAUACUGACACGAGAUGAUAUUGGAAUGAACUACAACACUUGGUGCGGUGGAACACUUCUAGGAGUUGAUUGGGUAAUCACUGCUGCUCAUUGCGUCGCCAACAUACCACAAAAGACAGAUAUUAAGAUCAGAUUGGGUGCUCAUAAAAUAUCGAACGGACUUUUGGAAAAGACUGACUACGACGUAGAACAAAUUUACGUGCAUCCGGAUUAUCGAGUCCAGAAAGUUUACAAUAAUGAUGUAGCAUUGAUCAAACUACGUAAACCAGCACUUUUGAAUGAUCAAGUCAAUUCCAUAUGUUUAAUGGGAAAUGAAUAUGAGCCGGCAGCAGGAGAUAAAUGCGUAAUUGCAGGUUGGGGAAAGCUGUGGAGUGGUAAUAGUGGAAUAUAUCCGAAAGUUUUACAAGAUGGCGAGGUAAGCAUGCGAAGUCGUUAUCACUGCUAUAAGACAUAUGGUAGUCUAAUUACAGACAAUAUGCUCUGUGCUGGCGAAGACAUCGGUAUACCCGACACGUGUCAAGGUGAUAGCGGAGGUCCACUUAUGUUUGAAAGAAAUGGAAGAUGGCAUCUAGUUGGUAUCACAAGUUGGGGUCACAGUGGUGGGUGUGGUCAGUACAAAAGGUAUGGUGUCUACACAAGAAUGACAGCGGUGGAGGAUUGGAUUAAGACUGUUACAAAAUAUCCAAACGCUUAUCCGUCGUUGUUUUACGAUUGAAAAGAAAGAGAAAAAAAGUAAGCAGUGUUGAAUAAAUGACGUGAAGAGAUGACAUGAUAAAAUAAAAAAAUAUAAAUAUGACAAAAAACUACGACCACAAGACCAGAUUACAACCACCAAACUUUGUACUUUGACCUUAUUAAAAUACGACACGCAAUGGAGUGACCAUGAAAAAGAACUCUCCUUCACAUAAAUUUUCUUUAGAAGUAUUGUGCUUUAUUUUUCUACGACAACAAACCAUGUUUAUUUUCUUAAUCAGAAAAAAAAUUAUUUAAAAAGA